UGGUUUUGAUUUUGAUUUUGAUUUUGAUUUCGAUCUUAUGUUCUGUUGCGAUUGGAGGAAGAACGACGGAAUCAAUACAAGUGAACAACGAUCAUGCCAAUCUCCAAAGGUACUUUAUGGAUACCAAAAGCAAAACCAAUUGUGAUUCGAGAAGUCUGGGCUGAGAAUCUCGAGUCUGAGUUCGAAUUAAUCCGUGAUGUAAUCGACCGGUAUCCAUUCAUCUCGAUGGACACCGAGUUUCCCGGCGUCGUCUACCGCCCUUCUGAGGCUUUCUACAAACGUAAACCCUCCGAUCACUACCUUAUCCUCAAGAACAACGUUGACGUUUUGAAUCUCAUCCAGCUUGGUCUCACCUUCACUGAUUCCGACGGAAAUCUACCAGAUCUCGGCACCGGAAACCGAUACAUCUGGGAAUUUAACUUUCGGGACUUCGAUGUGACUCGGGAUAAGCAUGCCCCGGACUCGAUCGAGCUCUUGAGACGGCAGGGUGUGGACUUUGAGAAGAACAGGGAGAAGGGGAUUGACUCGUCGAAAUUCGCUGAGUUGGUGAUGUCAUCUGGACUCGUCUGCAACGAUUUAGUGAGUUGGGUGACCUUUCACAGUGCUUACGAUUUUGGGUAUUUGGUGAAGAUUUUGACGAGACGGUGCUUACCGGAUGAGAUUGAAGAGUUUCUGAGUCUGCUUAGGGUGUUUUUCGGGUCUAGGGUUUACGAUGUGAAGCAUCUAAUGAGGUUCUGCAAUAGCUUGUAUGGAGGGUUGGACCGGGUUGCCAAGACCCUUCAUGUGGAUCGGGCGGUUGGGAAGUGCCACCAGGCCGGUUCCGAUAGCUUGCUGACGUGGCAUGCUUUCCAGAAAAUGAUAGAGAGGUACUUUGACGAUGAUGCCCCUGAGAAGCAUGCCGGUGUUCUUUAUGGACUAGAGGUUUUCUGAUAUGGUUUCCAUUGUAUAGAGCUCUGGCUAAAUUUAUUAUAUUAGAAAUAAUUUAUUAUUCUUUCUAUUUU